ACAACGCGCGACAUUGUCUAUUGACGAGCGGUGUUCUCGCACUCGAACGGUCUCUGUGCCUCGUCCGCAGUCGUCUCGCGAUUUGUACCGCGUUGUCGUGAUAACGUGAGUUUAAAUAAAAAAACAAAAAUUUUUUAAAAAAUUCAUUAAUAAACACAAUCAUAAUAACAGUGGAUAGUGCGGUCUCCCCACCCCCGAGUCGGGUUCGAUUGGUACAUAUUACAUCGUAUCGCGCAUUCGGCGAUCGAACACCAAAAUAAUAUUAUAACAAUAUUAUCUAUGUGAAUCACCCACGAUUUGUUGUGGGUUUUUUCUUCACGUCCAACUGAACAGAUGAACACUGCAUGUAGAGGAUACACAUUAAGAUAUUCUACGAUGAAUUUUUAAGAAAAGGAUUUAGAUUCAUUGAUAUGACAGCAUCAUCAUUUUGAACCAUACAAGUACACAACGCAAUACGUAUUACUCAUAAAGAAAUUAUGGAGUUCCUGUGACAGCCAAAACACCACAAUGCAAGUACGAAGAUUUAUAUUCCUAUGCGGUGUGCUGUGCAUGAUCAAUUACAGUAUUGGCUGUCAAUUGUCUGAGUUUAUGUGUGAUACGGGCUAUUGUGUAGCUUUAGACAAAUUCUGUAACGGCAACGAUGACUGUGGUGACAAAUCAGAUGAACCACCAUAUUGUUCACCUUGUAACCGGACAUACCACGGCGAAGUCGGCAGAACGUACGACCUGGAAGUCAGAAGACCCAGAGAAGAUAGAUUGCCAUUCUUGUGCUACUUGAACUUUACCGCAGCCGGUGGCAAAUAUGGCGAUAUAAUACAGUUGACAUUUGAUACGUUCACCGUGGGGAAAUUCGUUUCGUACACUUUAGACGGAUGUCCUGACGGAUACAUGUCCAUCAGAGAAUAUCAAUUGCCAGACACCGGUGGUCAAUGGUGCGGUAGUGCAUGGGGUUUUACCGUUUACUACAGCGAAACCCGGUCAAUUAAUCUGACUCUCACACUAUCCAAACUCUCUGAACAGGGUAUUGGUUACAAUUUCGAUUUCAAAUUAUCAUACAAAUAUUUGAAAAAGAGCGAUGCACACCUCCGGUACGGAAAUAGUACUUUCCAGACGUGGCGAGGACAAAUGAUUACAGGAAGUUACUGCGAUAGGAUACUCGAUCAGUGCGAUCGUAAACUCUGCAGAGUCCAGUCUCCUAAUUUCCCGGGAGCUUAUCCAAGAAACGUCACUUGCUAUUACAGGAUAGAACAGAGAACAGCCCCGAAAUCUAAGCGCGCUCUGAUCGUGGUCAGACAGCCGAAUGCCCACAAAAUUCAUAUUAAAGACCAAGUUAUAAAUUAUGAUCGAAGCCAACGUACGCUCAGGGUUUGGGAUCAAUGUAACGUGAUUCAAGACUAUUUGACAGUGUACGAUGGAUCGUUGGCCACAGACCCUGUACUGGUGAGGCUGUGCGGCGGUGACGCGGUACCGGAUAUAGUCAGUUCCGGCCCAAAUAUGCUGUUAGAAUUUCACACUUCCGCGUUUGACAACCCGUUCCAUCCGGUACCGCUAAGCUACUUGCCAGGAUUUGAAUUGGACGUGGAGAUACUUUUCGUUGACAACAAAUCUCCCAGCUACGCCAAAAACACCAGUCAGUGCGAGUUCUUCAUCAAGCCGUUCAACAACACCAACUGGGGCCUUUUGGACAGUCCCAGACAUUCUUUGCCACCAAACACGUCGUGCAAAUACCACUUCCAGGGUUCCAGUCACCAGACAGUCUGGUUGUCUUUCAUCAAGUAUCAUGCGGCCAGCACUGAUCCAAACGCCUAUCACCUGAGUAACGAAUGCAACGCCAGACUACGAAUUUGGGACAAAGUUGUAUCAACAAAAACAAAAAAGGUGAUCGGAGGCCGCCGGCCGUCCAGGGGCGCGUGCGACGACUUCCCGUGGCUCAUCGGACCGGCCACGGCCGGCAGCAGCAUGUUGCGCACCGGCGGCUUCGUGUUCAUGAAGUUACGCGGAUACGAGAUCCAGCGGUGGCGCACCAAUUCGUUCAUGUGUCCGACCCGUAACCGGGUAGUGGUAUACACCGGGGCGGGCGACGGGCCUAAAACCGAAAAGGUCAUUUGCCCGUACGAGGCCAGCUACAACGCACUCCGCGGCUCGUUCGAGACGUUCUCGCCGGGCUGGACGGAACCGCUGACCGGUGCCCAGCAGCUGCAGCCCAACUCCAAGACCGUGGCCAUCGAGUUCCUGAACCGCGAGUACGGAGCAUACACCGUCACCUGGUUGGAGGUGUCCAAGAUGCCGCUCAUCAUGCCGUCGACAAACGUUUACGCCAUGCUGUCGAAUGUCCACCCGGACUGCGCUUACAGGUGCCCGGAACUGAACGCGUGCAUCAGUUCGCAGUUCUGGUGCGACGGCGAGACCCACUGCCCGAUGGGGUUCGACGAGGACCCGGUGAACUGCGCCGACCGGAACGGCGUGAACCUCGUGUACGUGGGCGUGCUAGGCGGCACGGCGGUGGUGCUGUUCACGGUCACCGUCGCGGCGGCGGUGGUGUGCCUGCGGUGCAGGGCCAACAGGUCGCGGCGGGCCGAGGACGGCCGGCGGCGCGCGUCCCACAAGGGUUCGUCCGCCGUCGACCCGAUGAUGUGCGCGGUCGACCGUGCGCACUACGACAAGCGGUUCCUGGAGCAGAACGGCGGCGGCGGCGGCGUCGUCGGCAACUCGCUGGGCAAACGGUAUCCGUCGUCUUCGGACGACCUUUACCUGGAUUGCAAGCAGGACAGCAUGUGUUGACGUAACGACAGCGACGGCAGCGGCGACGGCGACGGCGACGGCGAACGCCUUCGAAUCGAGACGACCGUCUGAACCGCGGUACACCGGCCAAACCCGACCGCGGUCGGUAUGUGAACCGCGAUCGGCGGGUAAACAUUUUUCGUGCGGUCGCGUUGACCCGAAAGCCUUGCAGGACGAUACGGGGCAUAACGCUAUAAUAUAUGUCACGUACCGUUUCGUCUCGUUUUUGUUAGCUUUGUACGCGGUAGAAAUCGGUUUUUUUUUUUUUUAAAGAACAAUUCGACAAACGUGCAUGAGAUCAAAUAAUAUCCUAUCAUCGAAUGUCUGCGUAAGAUCAUUAAACACUCUUCUCGUAACGUUAUCGAUAUAACGAUUUCUACUGCACUCGAUAAUACUGUCGCCGUCGGUCGGUCGAACACCGUCUAUAGCGAUAUAAUGAUGUUGUAUAACACCGUCGGACACGCUGGUUGAUAAUAACUUUCACUGUAAAUAUAUUUUAUUAUUAUUACAAUCAUCAUUGUCGUCGUCGUCGCUGUCGUUAUCAUAGAGGUAUUUACCGACGUCUAUAUAGUAUACUCGUAAGCCAGCUCGGAAUAACGUCUUAAAUAAAUCCCUUUUACUAUACGCAAUAUGCGAUGCAUACCGUCAAUCCGCAGGAAUCCGACUUGUGCAUAUCUAUCCACCGCCCCUCACCGCUCUCGCCGAAUUGUUAUUGCUUAUAUUUUUCCCGUUUGCCAUUCACCUUUAUACUUACAUCCGCGGACACGCAAUGGCGAACAUACAGGACGUUUCAGAAACGAAGGCUAUAUUAAUCAGCGAAAAUUCGACUCGAUAUUAUAAUAAAAAUUCUUACGCUCAGCAACAUGUCCGAAAUCUUAAGCUAAAGGUUCGGUCCCCACCGUGUGAGUCAGAAAGAAAUCGUGAUCUGUAAUAUAUAUUGAGCAAUUAUCGAGAUAGUAAUUAUUUUGCCACAUCACUGUAGGACGGUCAUCUUAUACGAAAUUUAGCGUUCAUAUUUUAUUCUGAUGAAAUCAUUAAAUUGUACGAUGAACAAAGUUGUUACCAUUGUGCAGAAAUCGUCGAUAAAAUAAAAAUUUCACGUAACAAAAUCGUAUCAAUUUAACCUUUUCUUCGUUCGAACAGGAUAAUAAUUUAUCUGUUAAAAUUAUCAUUUGGUUAUGGGAAUAUAAAAUAAUACAAAUGCUUGAGUUUAUUAUAUAAAAAAUAUCGCGAGUGCGAAAUCCUAGUCAAAAAUAUACGAUGGAAAUAUACACAAUCAAAUCAGUUAAUUAAAAUUUCAAAUAACUCAAAUUAAGAAUUACUCGUCAGUUUCAAACAUAAAAAUAGAAGUAAUUAAAAUUUAGUCGAUCUGUAAUAGCCAUUAAUAGAUACCACUUUUUCAAAAAUAAUAUAUUACAAUAUCAUUUAAGUCAUUUGAUUUUCUAAUAACCAUAAAUAUGAUUUUAUUAUAGCAAUAAAAAUGAGUUUAUGAUAAAUACAGCCUAGGCACUUUGAUCUGAAACGUCCUAUCGUUAAACGUUAUGAUGAAAAGUAAAAAUCUAAGUUAUCACUAUUAUUGCUCGUUUCAAAGAUAAAAUAUAAUUAAACUUUUAUGACGUUUAUAAAAAUUGGCAAUUCUUCUUUAGGACCUUGCGGUAUGACAAUUUUGAAUUUUAAUGUUAAGUUUGGUUUUAAUAUAAUUUUAUAUUUUUAAUUCUCAUGUUAUUAAGUACGUGGUAAAGUAUAACGUUAAAUAUAUUAUGGAAUUCCUUACACGAGAAGCGGUGGGAGAAUUUUGCCCCUCGUAAUAGGUUAACUAUGCUGUGUGUACAGUGUACUACGGAUAAGUAGUUCUUACCAUAUAUUUAGUAAAGGAUAUUUUUCCAAGCUUUGAAGGAUAAAUCUGUUUGAAUAUUGAUAGACAUGCCUAAGUAUAUUAUAUUGCCUAACCUCGAGCAACAACACAAACUUUCCAAGAAUGUAAAAUAUUGUAAAGCCCCUGUAGUAUAAUAUUUAAAUGAUAAAGUAUAUUUUGAUACAAAAUAUUCUAAAUAACAUGCCUGUUUUGUAAAUGAUUGUUAUUCAAAAACCAUCUUUAAGGCGUUGAGUGACUUUG